UCUGUAUAUCGAUACAUCGACUACUUAUAAAUGUUUGGAUGCACUAAAACAUUCCUAGAAGGCAGGAAUAUUUAGAAAUAAAACUUUGGAGUUUAGGGACAUUAUUCUUUUAACUGCUAUUCAUAUUGUUUUGUGAAAAUACUUAGGUUCCAAAAGAGUGGAAUGUGUACCACUGAUGCCACAGUGAGAGAAUGGGAGCGUUGGUGUCGUCUCUGCGCGAAACAUGAUGGUUGCUACUUUGAUAUAUUUCUGGAGCAAUCCCCACAGGCUCUUGAUUCGGAUGUAAAUCUUCAUUCCAUUAUAGAGGAAUUCUUCCAUAUUAAGAUAAAGCCUAGAGAUGGACUCCCAAUAUCACUGUGUACUGAAUGUUGCUCUGCAAUAGCAGCUUUGGAAAAAUAUGCGGAACAUAUAAAAAAAGUUCAAAAAAUGUACAAAGAUUUAAAACAUACAGCAGAGUUCGCCGAUAUAAACCUCAAAGAUUUAUAUAAAAAAUACGGUUUAUUUAAAUGUGAAACAAAUCUGCCCCAAUCAACAACAUCUGCAAUCGAACAAAUAUUUGUUCCUGUAAACCCAAAUACAGUCGUUAAAGUUGAAGAAAUGGAAAUAACGGAGUCAAAGGAAGUAAAACACGAAACUGAAAUCGAUGUGGAUUUCCACGAUCCUUUCGCAAACGAUAACCAGAAUUUUGAGGAGAGCACUCAUAUAAGUGAAAAUAGUGAAAGUAGUAACAAUAAAACUGACUCUGACUGUGAUUCUGACGAAUUUUCAGAACAAAAAUUGGGAUAUAAUAAAAAUGUUAAUGAAGACAAAGAGGGAGGCAGUUAUUCUUGUAAUAUCUGUCAACUGAGUUUUAUGCAAAGUAGAAAGUAUAUGUAUCACAUGAAAAGUAAGCACGGCACAGAAAAUCCUUUCUGGAAUUGCUCUCACUGUAGUAGUUCUUUCAAAUAUAAAAAGGAGCUGGAACGUCAUACAAGGAAAAUUCACGCACCGAGUGUUUAUCCGUGCCCACAUUGUGAUCGAAAGUUUAAAAGAGCCAAAGAUGCUGAAAAUCACAUUAAAGCUGAGCACGAAGGUGCAUAUUCCCUAGUUUGUGAAGAAUGCGGCGAAAGUGUGCGUACAAAACAGAAACUUUUCGAACAUAUGGCCGUACACACAGGCCGUGGGGCCUAUGAAUGCAAAGAGUGCGGCAGACAUUUUUUACGAAAACAAUCUUUAAAGAGGCACUUAGAAAUCCAUGGGGAUAAACAUACUUGUGGAGAAUGCCUUUUAGAGUUCAGUACAUCCAAAGCCUUAAAGAAUCAUACGAAAGUGCAUUCCGAUGAAAUGCCAUACAAAUGCAAUUAUUGUGGUCGUAGAUUUAAGCGUACAAAAAAUUUGAAGAAUCAUCUUAUUACGCAUACUGGUCUCAAACCCUAUUCGUGUGACUUCUGUGAUAAAACAUUUUCGACUGGAUCAAGUUGUCGUUAUCACAAAAAACAUUUACAUCCAAAGGAACUGGCCGAACAAGAAGCGGCGGGCGUAAAAUCCUAUACAAAAAAUAUACCCACAUUGAAUGUGUUAAAAGCGAUAACGCAAGUUGCUGGAAAAAUAGAAAAUGAUGUUGGUUGUAUAGGCGAUAAGAGAAUCAAAGUUCCAAAACUAGAUGCUGAGUUACCUGAUGAUUGAAAUGCAAAAUAAAAUUAACUUAAAUAAAUAAAACCUAAAUUGUCAUCUAAUUAAAGUAGUCGAAAAGUUCAUAACUUACAGGCUAAUCGCAUUUUCUAACAAUGUGUUUUUAGAUUCACAGUAACUCAUGCUUCUUUCUUAUAUUAGCAAUGAAUUGUGUACAAAAUGUAAAUGUAAAGUGCUGACUCUUAUUUAUUCCACCAUCAGCUCAAUCACAAAUAUUGCCGAGGAAUUUUAUUUUUGUGCAGUUUUUUUUCUUGAGAAAAAAAUCCUGUUCUAAACUCGGGUAAAAGAUUUUUCCCCAAAGAUUUGGAGUAGGAAAUUCGGAAUAGCGGCAUUGGCGUGAAAGUUAUUUCAAAUUAAGUUGAAAAAAGUGGGAAAACGUAAAUCAAUUUAUUAAACAAUAUAUAAUAUAGAUUUCCGAAUAGUAUCAGGCGAAAAAACCACUGAGUUGGAGCACAGGCGCAAAAUGCUUUAAGAUAUAUUCGCGAUAAAGCAAACGUACUCAAAUUGUCGCAAUUCCGUGAGUACUAAAAAU